UGGGGGGAGAGGAGGGUUGACAGAGUGACAGCUGAGCGGCUCUCAGGCUCCAGACAUGCACCCAGCUCUGCCGGAGCUUCCAGGGGGACCCUCUUGCAGCAGUGGGGACAGCGGUGGCAGCGGAGCUCAGGUUUGCAUAGUGGGGGGUGUUGGGUGCUCUGGUGCUGUGGUGAGGGGAUCCCAUCCCUGGGAGGGAAGCAUUCACCCCCCCCCCCAUACACACACACACCUCCCAACCCAAACCAAGGGGUUGAAGGGAUGGAGUUGGUACCUUAAGGGAUGGCAGUGGGUGCAUGCAGUCACCUCCGGGGUGGGGGCAAAGCUGCAGAGCUACCCCUCCCCUUCCCCACCCCACCAUGCUUCAGUGCUGAGGGGAUGUUGGAGGGGGUGGGGAGCGAUGGGGUGAGGCAUCAGCCCCCCCUGAGGCUGUGGGUGCAGAUGGAUGGUGCCUGGUGCCGGGCAUGUUAUCAAAUGGGGAAACUGAGGCACAGCACGGGGACAACUCACCCAUGGUUGUUCAGCAGCUCUGGGUCACAGCCAUCUCCAUUCCCCAUCCCCCAAGCUUCUAACAGGGACCCCAACCCCACCCCAAUGUAGGGUGCACCCCCUCUCACUGCCUCAGUUUCCCCUCAGCUCCCAACGGCCAUCCCUGCUCCUCUCCCCCUUCUCCUCCUCCUCCAUCAAUGGGGCCCUGUUCUCCACCGUGCCCCCCGCUCGCCGCCAGCCCCCUCCUCCCCGGCCCCUCUCAGCCAUUGCCUUUUCUUCACCCUCACAAUCGGAGGCAUUUAUGCAGCCGGAGGCUCGGGUUACCCCGACUGUGCUGGGCACCCGCUCACUAUCACCGCUGAGCGACCGGGGGACGGUGACACCAGAGCCCCCCAGCUGGGUUACAGCCACCAGGGUCAGUGGCACGGAGCUCCUGAGGGUCCCCUUGCCCCAAAUCCCACUGGGAGAGUGGCUGCGUGGCAACAGGAGGCAAUGGGCAGUGGAAGGGGGGGGGAACUGAGGCUGCAUGAGAGGUCCCAGCAGCUCCUAAAGCUGUAGGUAAAUGGAGAGCUCUCCUUGGGGGGGUCACAGAGGGGGCCCAUAGCAGCUUUGGGUCUGGUGUCCCCAGAGCUGAGUGGGAUGGGGACAGUGCCAGCUGUGACCCAGGAUGUAACACUGCACUGAGUGCCAUGGGCUGCAGAACUGGGUCUUAUCCAGUGGUUCUGAUGGUGCCUGUGUCCCCUAUCCCCCCGCAAUGUCACCCUCCCUCACUCCAAUGCAGAGGAGGGUGACGGUUCGAUGGCACCCACGUCCCCACUCACUGCCCUCACCAGACUGACAAUCAAUUAAAUUCCCUCCUGUUAAUUACCCAGCUCUGCCCCACGCCGUGUCACCCACAGGCACACAGCAGGAACGGCACCAGUGUCUGGAACAGUGGGGGGUGGUGACAGAGGUUACAGCUGGGCUGUGCUGCUGGGAAGGGGGAUGUGUGUGUAUAUGGGGCUUAUUUCUACACCACCACUUUCCCACUGAUUAUCCAAGAUACUGUGAUUAAAUUUUGGACAGGAAGAAGGCAAGUAGCAGCUACAGGGCUGCAAUGGGGGUUUUCUGUCUGUAUAUCCCCAUGUCCUCAUCCCCACAUCCCCAUCUCCAUGGCCCUACAGCUGUCCUGCAGCCAGGAGCCCAGCUUGCACCCAGUUUAUACCCAGUUUGUACCCAGUAGCUCCAAUGCAGAGCUGUGCAGGCUCUGGGAGCAGCUCGAGGAGGGCGUGGGGGCUGCUUUUCCCAGCAUAUUUGGAAUUCUUCAGCAGGAGAAGGACUCACUUCCCCCAUCUCCCAGGCACACCCCUGGUCUCACACUGCUGGCUGCUGGUGCCAGCCCAACCCCAGCAUCCUGGACCCUCACCCUUCACUUCAGGGGUCCCCCCAGAGCCCCCAGCCUCAAUGAGGCACCCCAUGAGCACUGGCAAUGGGUUUGGGGAGCACAGAAGGGAGGAAGCCGGGUGCUGCCCCAUCCCACCUCUCCCCCAUCCGCAGGUGCUGUGGGCGCCUGCCUGCACCAGGGGAGACAAUGUGGCCCCCCCUCGUCCUGCUGCUCCUGCUCACAGCAGAGAGGAUGGCUCACGGCACCUUCCCCGAGGAGCCCAGCCCCAUCGCCGUGGCAAACGAGGACUAUGUGAAGCACUACGCUGUGUUUGUGGGCCAUGGCAGCAGCCGACCAGGCAGCCCUGAGGGUGGUGGCACUGAGCGCCUCAACAUCCAGCGCAUCCUCAAGGUCAACAGGACCCUCUUCGUUGGAGACAGGGACAACGUCUACCGUGUGAGCCUGGAGCCCACUGCUGGCAGUGAGAUGCGCUAUCACCGGAAGCUGACUUGGAGAUCAAACCAGCACGACAUCAGCAUCUGCCGGAUGAAGGGGAAACACGAGGCAGAGUGCCGAAACUUCAUCAAGGUGAUGCUGGUACGGAACCAGAACCUGCUCUUCGUCUGUGGCACCAACGCCUUCAACCCCAUCUGUGCCAACUACAGUAUGGACACACUGGAGCCCGUUGGGGACAAUAUCAGCGGCAUGGCACGGUGUCCCUAUGACCCCAAGCACGCCAACGUGGCACUAUUCACAGGGGGGAUGCUCUUCACAGCCACAGUGACAGAUUUCCUGGCCAUUGAUGCCGUCAUCUACCGCAGCCUGGGGGACAGCCCGACCCUGCGCACUGUUAAACACGACUCCAAGUGGUUCAAAGAGCCCUACUUUGUGCAUGCUGUGGAGUGGAAGAGCCACGUCUACUUCUUCUUCCGUGAGAUCGCCAUGGAGUUCAACUACCUGGAGAAGGUGGUUGUAUCCCGAGUGGCUCGGGUGUGCAAGAAUGACAUGGGGGGAUCACAGCGUGUGCUGGAGAAGCAGUGGACGUCCUUCCUCAAGGCUCGGCUCAACUGCUCCGUUCCUGGGGAUUCACACUUCUACUUCAAUGUCAUCCAUGCUGUGACGGAUAUCCUGGAGCUCAACGGGCGCCCUGUGGUUCUCGCUGUCUUCUCCACACCCACCAACAGCAUCCCCGGCUCGGCCGUGUGUGCCUUUGACAUGAACCAAGUGGCUGCUGUCUUCGAGGGGCGCUUCAGGGAGCAGAAAUCACCUGAGUCCAUCUGGACAGCCGUACCUGAAGACAUGGUGCCAAAGCCCAGACCCGGGUGCUGUGCGGCCCCGGGGAUGCGCUACAACUCCUCCAGCACCUUCCCCGAUGAGAUCCUCACCUUUGUGAAGACGCACCCGUUGAUGGAUGAAGCGGUGCCAUCCCUGGGCAAUGCGCCCUGGAUUAUCCGCACGAUGAGUCGGUACCAGCUCCGCAAGAUUGUGGUAGACAAUGCAGCAGGACCAUGGGGCAACCACACUGUGGUCUUCCUGGGCUCCAGCACAGGCACCAUCCUCAAGUUCCUCAUUCAUCCCAAUGCCACCAGCAGCCCCGCGCCUGCACCCCCCGGCAGCCAGAGCAUCUUCCUGGAGGAGUUUGAGACCUACCAGCCUGGGAGAUGUGGUCGGGACACAGAGGAUGAGCGGAGACUCCUGGGCCUGGAGCUGGACAAGGCAGCUGGAUCCCUGCUGCUGGCUUUCCCCCCCUGUGUGGCCAGGGUGCCCGUUGCUCGCUGCCAGCAGCACUCGGGCUGCAUGAAGAGCUGCCUUGGGAGCCGGGAUCCAUACUGUGGCUGGACACCUGAGGGCUCCUGUGUAUUCCUGGAGCCCAGCCCCAGCAGGACAGCUUUCGAGCAGGACAUCUCUGGUGGCAGCACAUCGCAUUUGGGCGAGUGCGAGGGGCUGGUGACGGAGAGCUUCGUGGACGAGCCGGAUGGGCUGGUGUCGGUGAACCUGCUGGUCAUCUCCUCGGUGGCCGCCUUCGUCAUCGGCGCUGUUAUCUCCGGCUUCAGCGUGUGUUGGUUCAUUGGCCACCGGGACCGCAAGGAGCUGGCAAGGCGCAAAGACAAGGAGACCAUCCUGGCACACAGCGAGUCGGUGGUGAGCGUCAGCCGGUUGGGCGAGCGGCGAGCGCGUGGUGGGCAGCCCGGCGCUCUGCUGGCCCCACUAAUGCCCAACGGGUGGCCCAAGGAGCUUGGCAAGGCGAGCCAACACGACCUGGACUCGGGCGUCCUGCCUACGCCGGAGCAAACCCCGCUGCAGCAGAAGCGCUGCCCUGGUGCCCUCCAGAACUGCACCUGGGAGCAGAGCCACAACAUCAUCAACGCCGCGCUGCGGGACCCUGGUGCCAGCGGCACGCGGCUGCACGCCGGUGCUGGCCGCUCUGCCCGCGGCAUGCCCCUCUCCUGCCACGCCAUCCUGGUGGAUCAGGAGCUGGAGGCUGAACUCAGUGACUCCUCAGGUGACGGGCACUGGGGACGGGACCACCACGAGGGUCCCCGCACAAGGCAGCACCCCCCUGCUGGUGCCCGCCGUCCACCCCGCAGCUCCUAUGGCGACUUUGGGGGCACCCCACGCCCCAGCCCUGACCGCCGGCGCGUGGUUUCAGCCCCUGGUGGGGAAGGGGGGGACUUUGUGGAGGGGCCACCGUGGCACCCUGAGCAGCUGAACUUCAACGCCAACAACGGCACCCAACGCCCCGGUGCCCACCUCAAGAGGAACCACACAUUUAACAGUGGUGAAGCUCCGGCAGGUGGCUAUGGGCAGCAUGGCACGGCCCCACGGGCACCCGGUGCGGGGCCCCCCCGUGCACUCACGGACCUGCACCACCUCCUGCGCUAUGGCAUGGAGCGGACUCCCUCAGGCAAAUAGGAGCUCACUGCCUGGCUCGGCACCCACAGGUGCUGCCACCGUGGACGCUUUACCCUGCUGUGCCGUGGCACGGUGCUCCAGCUCUGUGGGGAUUGGGAUGGGGCUGAGAUGCUGCAUGGGGGAUUGGCAGCCCCUGGGUUCCCAUGGGAAGGGUUUGAGGUUUUCCCCUCCUGCUCCUGGAGCUGCACAGGUCCCUGCUGUCCCCGGCUGGCACGGGGCAGUGCCCCAGGAUCCGGCUGCUUUGCACAGGCUCUGAGUGUCUGUCUGGUCUCUUCCCCAGGCUGGACCCAGGGACUGCUGCGCCCUGGGCGGGACUCCCUGGGAGGCAGCAGGAUGGGCACACAGACAUGGGCACAGCUGGCAUAGAGCAAAGCAGUGCCCUCUGCCCAGAGCCCCUCAGCCCCACUGGCUGUGCCUGGGCACCUUUAGGUGUGUGGGUGCUGCCAGCACCCUUGGAACACCCAGCCAGGACAGCACCCAGCAAAGGAUGCCAUCAGGGUGCAUUAUCUGCCAAGGACUGGGCAAAAUCUCCACUACCCCCAACCAGUGCCAGCGGGGAGCUGUCAUCUAUCCCCCAACACCUCUGCUCCCACCAAGAUCCCAGCACUCCACUCCCUUCUCCUUAAAAGCACAGCUGGGCACUGGGGUGCAGGGGGCCGGGGUCCCACCAAACCCACUCUCUGCUGGCAAAAGGUGCCCUCUAAGUGCCACCCCUGCCCCAAUUGCAGGCGGCACGAGGGGCAGUAGGGCUCUGCAGGACCGCAGGGCUGCGUGGAGGGAUGUGGGCGCUGCAGGUGCUCAGCACCCUGGCUGCAGGGUGGAGGGCAAUUGGUCCCAUGCUGUAAAUAGGGUGCCGGGGCACCGCGGGCACCCCAUCGCCCCGGGGCCGUUCAUGCAUGCGACAGCGGUAACGUCUCUGUAUAACCCCGGAGCCCCGCAAUAAACUUCUGUUUACAAGAGGUGAUUCCUCCCCA